AUGGAUAAACCAACAACCAGUCAGCAAUCCGUUGAGAAGGUGGAAAUGUUCGAAGUCCGCGAACAUGUUCCUUACCAAGCAGAGGUGACGAGAGCUCCCACUGCGUACGACCAAGAGAGUGGAGAAACUCAUUACACCUCGUCCUGGUACUCCGCGUGGUCCGCUAUCUGCCAGCUGAUUAAUUUACUCCAUCACAUGCAAAUAGCUAUUGUGGUGUUCUGUUUAUGGCAUUUCGCGUUAACCUCACAGUCUGACGGAUCUAUAACUAAUUUACAACUGCACAUCGUAUUUGCUGGAACUGGUUAUCAACUAUUUCUCGUCGAGUCUGUUUUGACGCUGAACAGACAUAACUCGUGGUCUUUCCAACUAACGACAGAUAGCAAGAGAAUCAUUCACGGAUGCCUUCAAUUAAUCGGUUCUCUCUUCGUCCUCGCUGGCACAUUUCUGGCACUGGCAGAGGUGAACAUGCAGAUCAACACAGCCCAUGGCAUAUGCGGUGUCGUCGCUUUAACAUUUACCCUGAUAAGCUUUGUCUCCGGCAUCAUAGCAUUGUUCUCCUCAAAAGUUCGAUUACUGAUCAAGAGCGGACCAAUUAAAAUCCUCCACAUCGCGGUUGGUAUGUUUGCAAUAUGCAUGGGUCUUAUAUCUAUAAUAAUGGGAUUGAACAUGGAUUACUUUAGCGCCACCCAAGGCGGUUUAUCGACGGCGUUAAUUGUACUUGUAGUUAUUAUUCUGUUUUAUGUAAUUAUUCAACCAAUUGUAGACUUAAUUUCGACAACCAGAAAUACUAUGUGA